AGGGAUAAACAUUGCCACAUUUUUUUGCAUGAACUUGUAGUGUCAAACAAUUUUCAACAAUUAACGAACAUUGUAAAUUUCAUGCCACCUACCCCAACUAGGUGAAAAUGUGAAAUUAAGGUUCCAAUGAUGAUGAAGAAUUUGCAGUUCAAACAACAUGCAACAAACCCAGUAGAAUCCCACAGUGAAGAGUUUGCAGUUUGUUGGUGAAAUAUAAAUUUUUAACUCUAUAACUUUUUUGACUAACUGAACCAUUAAUCUAGCUCUUCAAGAUAAUCAAGUUGAAGUAUCUUACUAUUUUACCUCAUUAUUCAGUGUUGGGCACUUUUUUCAGCGUCAUUUUGGGAAUGAGGUAUCACACUGUCUUUUGAUUCUGAAAUAAAAGUGAACAUCUAUAUAUCUGAGUUUGAAAUUGCACAUUCAAAACAAUUUAAAAAAUUCACCGCUGGCCCUUGGGCUGCUUAAUCUGCAAGGUUGUGGAGUAUCUCAUUGAUCCCUUUGUCGCGGGCACCACUGGAGGAGAUCCCAAAUCACUUUCAGUGAGUAUUCAUUUAUGCAACUUAUUUUUGUUGGACAUUCACUAACUUUUUUCAAUUGAGAUUAACAUGUUAAUGUUAAUAAAUACCGGAGUACAACUCAAGAAGGCAGAAGCCCUUCGAUGUAACCAUUUACUAAUUUUUACCACGGGGAUACAAUUCUGGUGUGUAAUGUCACAUUAAGGAUAUUAGGAAAGGGUGUAUUUCAUUUAAAUGACAGUUCAAUGUUCACUUUUGGUAUUAAACAUCAUUCAUGACAUAUUCACGUCUUCACGAUUUAUUUCCUAUCAUCAAAUAGAUGACCCAUGCAUUUCCAGAACUGUGGGAUCUAGAGAAAAGGUUUGGAUCAGUCAUAUUUGGGGCAAUUCAAUCUAAGAUAUCAUCCAACAAGAAGAAUCAAGGGCCAAUUGGUGCUUCAAAGAUUAAGCAUCAGCGUGGAUCCUUUUCUUUUAUAGGUGGAAUGCAGACACUUACAGAUGCACUGUGCAAAGAGCUUGGCGAAGAUGAACUUAAACUUUCUUCAAAGGUUCUAGAAUUAUCUUCUUGCCACAAAGAAAACUGUCUGGGUAGCUGGUUAGUUUCUUAUGCUUCACCUCACAGAAAACACUCAGUAAAGGAAUCGUUCGAUGCUGUUGUGAUGACGGCUCCUCUCUCUGAUGUCAAAACCAUGAAUUUCACUAAGAAGGGAGCUCCAUUUUUGCUCAACUUUCUCCCUGAGGUUGAUUAUGUUCCUCUAUCUAUCAUGAUCACCACAUUCAAAAGAGAGAAUGUAAAGCGACCCCUCGAGGGGUUUGGAGUGCUUGUACCAUCUAAAGAGGAACAAAAUGGUUUGAAGACAAUAGGCACUCUAUUCUCUUCCAUGAUGUUUCCAGAUCGAGCACCAAAGAAUGUUUAUCUUUACACUACUUUUAUUGGAGGAAGUCGAAAUAGGGAACUUGCAAAAGCUUCAAGGGAUGAACUGAAGGAGAUUGUAUCUUCUGACCUUAAGCAGUUGCUGGGUACCAAAGGAGAGCCAAUGUUUGUCAACCAUGUCUUCUGGAGUAAGGCAUUUCCUUUGUAUGACCGUAACUACGGGUCAGUCCUGGAAGCGGUUGACAAGAUGGAGAAGAACCUCCCUGGAUUUUUCUAUGCAGGUAACCAUAAGGGGGGACUGUCUGUGGGCAAAGCAAUAUCAUCUGGUUGCAGUGCAGCUGAUCAUGUCAUCUCAUAUUUGGAAUCUUCUUCAGUUGAGCCUCAGAAAUUGCCUUUGCCUUGAUUAAGGUUCUUCUUUCAUGUCCCUUCUAUCAACAUUUUUGAGAUCCAAACACGCCCUAAAAGCAUGAUAGUAGAAAUUUGGGUUUCAUUUCCCCAUGUUGUAUCCUUCUGAU